UAAAGAUUGUGAUAGGAGACGUAACUUGAUUACGCGAUGGAGAUGUCGCAUUGCAUACAAGAGAAGAACGGAAUCCAAAGAACAGAAAAAGCUACGGAACAAGAUAAAAACGAUAAAGAAAUCGAUAUCCAUAAAUAUUCGGAACCAUGCAUGAAAUCAAUGAAGCGAAGCGACGUGUUCGAAGAGCCGCACGUCAGAAAAUCUCGUAAAAAACAUUGCGAUUGGAUGAAAUCCAGUUCCGAUACAUAUUGCCCAAAGCUUUUACAAAAAUAUACGCAUCAAAAAACUUUCGAUUAUUUGAAAAAAUAUAUUAUAGAUAAACCAAGUGUCCCAGACUUGCCACAAGAGUGCGAGACUUUAUCAAGGAGUAUCACAGCGUCAAAGAAAAAGGAAAAAAAAGAAAUCGCACCCCAAAAAGACGAUUAUUAUACAUCGCUAUGCCAGCAGAGAGCUGAAUUUCGGAUGCAUCUCAUCAGAAAGAUCAAAGGGCCGGAAAAAAGCCGAAAAAUAUGCGAUGAUUGUGUAGCAAAAAAAGAAACGGUUUUGGAUGAUGAUGAUGAUGUUUGCGGGGAAACAGCGGCAACUUCGAGCAGCGAUAUUGAUGUUCACUAUUGGCUCACGGAGGAAGACAAAAAUCUCUUGAGGUAUUAUUACUACAUUCUUCAUGAGGUCGAUGAUGUUCACGCAGGCACCUUAGAUUCUGACACGUUAAAGAAGAUAACAAGCAUGGUGACCACUGAAUGGCAGGAGAGACACAGCGAGUGUUUCGAGCAAUUGAUUCGGGAAUUAAAAAGCGACUACGUUACAAGCAUGAAAAAAGCUGUCGUUGACUUUGUGCUACAGGAACCAUUCGAAGAGACGCAUAGUAUCUGUGCACCGGUUUCAAAAAAGGGAAAUUUACCAUCGGCGCACGAUCCGCGAUAUAAUAAAUUCUUUAAUUGUCUUGCCUAUGUCAUGGAAGAUCAAUUGCGAGAUUUGUGCUUACGUUCGAUGGAGGACUAUAUCGACUAUCUUACUGACGUGGGUUAUACAAAUUGUGGCUUUAACAUAGACGUUGUGGUAAAGAAUACGUCUAUCACUUUCGAUCCCACAUUCAAUGCAUUCGUAAAUGUGCUUUCAAUGUUGUUGAACUCUUUUUACGACGCUGUAACUACGUUACCACGUGCGGAGAUAAAACUGGAGUGGGUUUAUCCUGAUACUGAUGCGCCUGAACUACUCAAGCCAAUAAUUUCUUCAGACCUUCUUGAGCAGCACGUAAAUACUAUAUCAAACUUAAUUCAACAAUACAGAAUUGAUCCGGAAUUACAAUUACGCGAAUUUGACAAAUAUAUGAGUUUAAUAAACGGCAAAGAUGUACAACACAUUCAGGAUUUUCUAAAAGCGCAACCACCUAAUCCAUACGAGAAAUAUUGCGAACUCAUUGAUUAUUACGAUCAACUGAGCAAGAAUAUACGGCUAGAAUUUUAUUGGACGUCUUUUACUGAUCUUUUUGAAGUUCGCAGGCAUUAUAUUAUAGAACAUAUUGCUUCUACAGCUGCUCAUCUAAAGGACGAAUUAGUUUCAAGAAUGGUUGCCGAUUAUCAGCAAAAAGUUCGAGCUAUAGGAGAUGUUUAUCAAAAUAUUUCGGACCAGGCAUUAAGUAUACCACCCAAUACAUCAGAACUCAUGAAACUGCAGGCUUUUAUACAUAAAUCUGAAACAGACACCGUUUUUGAAUUAGAGACUCGAUUGAGAGAAGUAAUGAAAUACAUAAUAUUUUUGUCGGAUUAUCAUCAUUUAACGCCAGUCGAGUUAAAGAGCAAUAAUUUUGCUUUCCUAUGGUAUCACAAAAUGCCUGAAAUUUUCGAAAAGCAUCGAAAAAUAGUCGCGAGUAAAACAGGCGAGUACCAGGCAACACUCAAAGCUAGAAUCGACAAAUUUGAGCAGGAUCUUCAAAUUUAUGAGAAACAUUGCAACGAAUUGCAAUAUUGGGGUAACAUCGAGGAGAUACAAAGAUACAAAAAAAAAGCUAUGAGUCUUGAUAACAAAUUGAUCGCUGCCAUGGAUAUAAUUGCCGAAUUCAACGAUGAGGAGAAAUUAUUCGGCUGGGAUAUAUCACAGUAUCCCUUGAGGAAGAAGAUAGCCGAUAAAUUGACACCCUACAAAAAAUUCUACGACAUUGCCUGCGAAUUCUUGACAAACUACGAAAUGUGGACGGAAGCUAUGAUAGGUUCUUACGAUCCUGAAAUAAUCGAAAACGAAACCGGUAUCGCGUAUCGUACGGUAUACAAGCUGGAGAAAGCCUUUCAAGAACCUAUAGUGAGGAAACUGGCAGAGAUAGUGAGAAUGAGAAUCGAGGAUUUCAAGGAGCACAUGCCAGUGAUAUUAACCCUCGGUAAUCCUUCCCUGAAGAGUCGUCAUUGGGAGCAAGUCUCGGAAAUUGUUGGAUUUCCGAUAAAAGUCGAUGAAUACAUGACGUUGGCCAAGAUUCUCGAUUAUGGAUUAGGCGAUUACGUAGCGAAAUUCGAGGCAAUAUCCGAGGCAGCCACUAAAGAGGGUAAUCUGGAGAGAGCCUUAUUCAAAAUGUACUCUGACUGGGCAGAUAUUGCGUUCACUGUUAAUCCUUAUCGCGAUACCGGCACAUAUGUCAUUGCCAGUGUGGAUGAGAUACAGCAAUUACUCGACGAUCACCUGACGAAAACCCAGACUAUGAAAAAUUCUCUUUAUAUAAAGCCGUUCGAAAAAGAAACUCUGGGAUGGGAAAACAAGUUACUCUUACUGCAAGAUAUCAUGGAUUAUUGGCUAAAAGUUCAAGCGACAUGGAUGUAUCUUGAACCGAUUUUCACAUCACCUGAUAUACAGCAACAGAUGCCGGAGGAGAGUCGGCGAUUUAGUGCCGUAGACAAAAUUUGGAGGGAAAUUAUGACAAUCGUUGCGGCUAAUCCAGCAGUUAUGAUCGUCGUCGAUAUCGACAAAAUGCUAGAUCGUUUGAAAAAAUGUACCAACCUGCUUGAAUUGGUGCAAAAAGGACUCGCCGCUUAUCUAGAGAAGAAAAGGCUUUUCUUCCCGCGAUUCUUCUUCCUUUCUAACGACGAACUCUUGGAAAUAUUGUCCGAAACCAAGGAUCCCACGCGAGUACAGCCGCAUCUGAAAAAGUGCUUCGAAGGCAUUGAAAAAUUGAGUUUUACCUAUAUUAUGGAGGCCACGGCAAUGAUAUCAUCUGAAGGGGAGGAGAUUGUUCUUGAAGACGUAAUCGAUACGGCCGCUGCACGAGGACAAGUGGAAAAGUGGCUCCUCGAACUCGAGACUGAUAUGAAGAAAAGCGUAAAAGCUCAGGUGAUACGCGCUAAAAAUGCUUUUCCGACUAAAGCUAGGAGUCAAUGGGUCUUGGAAUGGCCGGGUCAGACCAUUCUUUGUGUCAGCAAACUAUACUGGACGGCAGAUGUUAGCGACAAGAUUCCACAGAGCCUCGAAAGUUUAAGAGAUUAUGUAGAAACGUGUACAUACGAGCUUAAUGAAAUCGUUAAGCUUGUUCGCGGUAGAUUAUCAACGCAGAAUCGAACGACUCUAGAAGCUUUAGUGACGCUAGACGUUCACAGUCGCGACGUAUUGAUGCAAUUAUGCGAGCAAGGUGUGAAUCAAGUUGCGGAUUUUAAAUGGCUUUGCCAACUGAGAUAUUACUGGAUAGAUGAAAACUUGCACACGAUGAUGAUAAAUUCUAAACUGAUGUAUGCAUACGAAUACCUGGGCAAUACGUCACGAUUGGUGAUAACACCACUCACCGAUCGAUGCUAUCGCACACUCUUCGGCGCGCUUAGCCUUCAUCUUGGCGGUGCACCAGAAGGACCUGCAGGGACAGGAAAAACAGAGACUACUAAAGAUUUAGCAAAGGCAGUCGCCAAGCAAUGCGUUGUAUUCAAUUGUUCAGAGGGGCUGGACUACAUCGCCCUAGGCAAAUUUUUCAAAGGAUUGGCUAGCACAGGUGCGUGGUCUUGUUUCGACGAAUUUAAUCGCAUCGACUUGGAGGUCCUGUCGGUUGUGGCACAACAAAUCUUAACUAUUCAGCGUGCUAUACAUGCGGAAAAGAAGACUCUAAUAUUCGAGGAGACGGAAUUAAAACUCGAUCGUACCUGCGCGGUAUUUAUUACGAUGAAUCCGGGAUACGCCGGCAGAACAGAAUUACCGGACAAUCUCAAGGCCUUGUUUCGACCAGUAGCCAUGAUGGUACCGGAUUAUGCGUUAAUAGCGGAGAACACGCUAUAUUCAUAUGGAUUUUACGAUGCAAGACCUUUAUCUGUAAAGAUAGUUAUGGCUUAUAAAUUAUGCUCAGAACAACUAUCCAGUCAGAAUCAUUACGAUUACGGGAUGCGAGCGGUAAAGUCUGUCUUAAUUGCGGCAGGAAAUUUGAAAUUGAAAUAUCCGAAGGAAAACGAGGACAUCUUAAUCCUACGUAGUAUCAAAGAUGUGAAUUUGCCCAAGUUUCUCAGCGAAGAUAUACCCCUAUUUCACGGUAUUACCUCGGAUCUUUUUCCAAACGUGCAACUUCCAGAGCCAGACUAUGUGCAUUUAAAUGCGUCUGCGUAUCAAGCAUGUGCUGCCGCAAACAUUCAAUGUGUCCCGGUAUUUUUAGAAAAAAUUCAGCAGAUGUACGAAAUGAUGUUGGUCAGACAUGGAUUUAUGAUCGUUGGGUAUCCCUUCGCCGGCAAGACCACGGCAUACAAAAUGUUAGCCGAUGCCCUCGAAAUUUGCGAGGAGAAUAACCUGAUGAAUGAACACAAGGUAGAGAUAACGGUGAUUAAUCCGAAGUCGAUAACACUGGGACAGUUGUACGGACAAUUCGAUCCGGCGUCUCAUGAAUGGAACGACGGCAUUCUGGCUAUUAGCUAUCGGGCUUUUGCGACCUCGCCGAACGAUAAUCGAAAGUGGCUAGUCUUCGACGGCCCGAUAGACGCGAUAUGGAUCGAGAGUAUGAACACUGUUCUCGAUGACAACAAGAAACUGUGCCUGAUGAGCGGGGAGAUCAUUCAGUUAGCGCCGACGACUAACUUGAUAUUCGAGCCAUUGGAUUUAGAAGCCGCUUCACCGGCCACGGUAUCUCGUUGUGGCAUGAUUUAUAUGGAACCUGGAGCGUUGGGAUGGGAGCCUUUAUUAAAUUCUUGGAUAGCGGCAUUACCGGAAGUCAUAGACGAAUGGUUGCGGACCUUCAUAUACGAAUCAUUAGUCGUCAGAUUUUGCAAACCCCUCUUUCACUUAUUACGCCGAUCUAACGUAAAGGAAAUAUGUCCAAUGCCAGAUUCGAAUCUUUUACGAUCCAUUACUUAUCUCAUGGAUUGCUUCAUGGAUGAUUAUUAUAACGAAGAAGUCGUAAAGAAUCUAAGCGAGCUUGAUUUGCGAGCGCAGAUAGAGGGUUCGUUUUUCUUUUCGUGCAUUUGGGCGAUGGGAGGCACGUUAGAAGCCAAAUACAGGGAACAAUUUAGCAUUUUAUUUCGCGGGCUUCUAGAAAAAGAAUUUCCAAUUUUCCUGAUGAAUCAAUUUCAGUUACAAGAACCGAUUCCACCGCCUUUGAAACCUUAUAUCUUCGUCAUGCCGAAGCAUCAUCUGGUAUUUGACUACAGAUUUAUUAAAGAGGGUAAAGGAAAGUGGAAACUAUGGUCAGACGAAUUAAUAUCCGCGCCGUCGAUUCCCCGUGAUAUCCCAGUCAAUCAGAUAAUCGUACCGACGAUAGAAACGAUACGAUUCACGGCGCUCUUUCAAAUGUUGGUCCAACACGAAAAGCCAGUGCUCUUUGUGGGUCCGACAGGGACCGGAAAGUCUGUGUAUAUAAUCGACUUUCUAUUGAAGAAAAAUAACGCUGCGGUGAAUAAACCGUUAUUGAUCAAUUUCUCCGCGCAGACUACUGCUAAUCAGACGCAGGAUAUUAUUAUGAGCAAGCUAGAUCGUAGACGUAAGGGUGUGUACGGUCCUCCGAUAGGAAAACGCUGGAUCAUAUUUGUCGACGACGUCUCGAUGCCGUUGAAAGAAACAUUCGGAGCGCAACCGCCUAUAGAGUUACUACGACAAUGGUUGGAUCAUUGGCAGUGGUAUGACAGAAAAGAAGGGACGUUAAUAAAAUUGAUCGAGAUUCAAUUAAUGUGCGCCAUGGCUCCACCAUUUACCGGGAAAGAUGUCACGCCGCGAUUCAAACGGCACUUUUUUGUUCUGACGAUAUCCGAAUUCGAGGAUGACGUUAUGAUUACGAUAUUCAGCAGAAUCGUUCUGUGGCAUCUUGAUACGAGGGGUUUCAGCAAAGAAUUUGAUCCGUGUAUUGAUCAAAUUGUUCUUGCAACAUUAGACAUUUAUAAAAAAAGCUUGUCCUUUCUGCUACCAAUACCUGCAAAAUGCCAUUACAUGUUUAAUCUUCGAGAUUUCUCCAGAGUAAUCCAGGGAGUUCUUCUAUCGGUCCCGGAAACCAUGCCCGCGCUCUCAAAUAUGAAACGAUUAUGGGUUCACGAGAUACUUCGAGUGUUUGGCGAUCGUUUAGUCGAUGAAAUUGAUAUCAAUUGGCUGAUACAGCAAAUCGAUGUGACACUAAAAAAACGUAUGGAAGUUCCAAUGGAGGAACUCUUCGAAGAUUUAUUGCCUAAAAAAGAACAAUAUAUUACAAGGAUCACUGUAAACGAAUUACGAAAUUUAGUAUAUUGUGAUUUUAUUGAUGCCAAGGCGGAUAUACGCUUGUAUCAAGAAGUCAGUGACCUAGAACAAUUGCGAGAGAUCGUGGAAACGUAUCUUUCCGAAUAUAAUUCAAUGACCAAGAAGCCUAUGAACUUGGUAUUGUUUCGGUUUGCCAUCGAGCAUCUGUCAAGGAUAGCUCGUAUUAUCAAGCAACCGCGAAGCCACGCUCUUCUCGUCGGAGUUGGCGGAUCCGGAAGGCAAUCUCUAACCAGGCUGGCAUCGCAUAUUUGCGAUUACGACGUGUUUCAGGUCGAGCUUACGCAACAAUACGGUCUGCAUGAAUGGCACGAGGAUAUCAAAACUAUUCUAAAAAAAGCCACUGCCACCGAGUUGCACUCGGCUUUCCUCUUCAGCGACACGCAGAUUAAGGAGGAGAACUUCUUGGAGGAUAUCAGCAAUAUGCUUAAUUCUGGAGAAGUGCCCAAUAUAUAUGCGGCUGACGAGAAGGCUGAAAUAUGUGAAAAAAUGAAAAAGAUUGAUCAACAGAGAGAACGAUCGUUACAAACGGAUGGUAGUCCUGCAGCGCUUUUUAAUUUAUUUGUGCAAAUAUGCCGCGAUCAGCUACAUAUUAUUGUCACUAUGUCUCCUAUCGGCGACGCUUUCAGAAAUCGGAUCAGGAAAUUCCCGGCUUUAGUUAACUGUUGCACCAUAGAUUGGCUUCAGCCAUGGCCUGAAGAUGCUCUACUGGCUGUUGCGACGAAAUUUUUAUCAACGACCGAACUCACUGAUCAUGAAAGAAAAGCCGGUAUUGACAUGUGUCAAUUUUUCCACGUGUCCACUGAAAAAUUAAGCGAAGAAUUCUUAUUUCGUUUAAAUAGACGCAAUUAUGUGACACCUACCUCUUAUCUCGAAAUGAUCAACACUUUUCAAAGUUUGCUUGACAAAAAACGCGGAGAAGUGCUGCACGGUAAAGCUCGAUACGAAGGCGGAUUAGGACAAUUGGAUAGCACGCAACAACAAGUGACAGAUAUGCAAAAUACAUUGAAGCAAUUGCAACCGAAAUUAAUCACAGCCACGCAGGAUAUUCAGAAAAUGCUAGCCGAUGUCGAGAAAGAGAAUCAAGAAGUGGCGGAAUUUGAGAAAGUUGUCAAAGUCGACGAAGCCGCGGCACAAGUAGUAGCGGACGAAGCAGCUGUGAUAAAAACCGAGUGCGAUGCUGAUUUGGCUGCAGCCAUGCCUAUUUUAAAUCGCGCUCAAGCAGCGUUAGACACGUUAACAACGACAGAUAUUGCAGUGGUGAAAGCAAUGAAACGUCCACCAUACGGUGUGAAGCUCAUUGUGGAGAGCGUUUGUGUUCUCAAGCAAAUAAAGCCAGAGAGAAUUCACACGAAGGAGGGCACGUACGUCGAUGAUUACUGGAAGGCUGCCUUAAGAAUGCUGAGCGACGCUAAAUUUUUGGACUCGCUGCUUAAUUUUGAUAAGGACAACAUACCGGAUAAAGUGAUAGAAACGAUACGAAAUGAAUACCUAACUAAUCCAGACUUCGAUCCGGAGAAGAUAAAGAAGGUCUCGACGGCUUGCGAAGGAUUGUGCCGUUGGGUCAUCGCAAUGUCCGAGUACGAUAUAAUCGCUAAGAUCAUCGCUCCUAAAAGACAAGCUUUGGCAAAAGCUGAAGCUGCCUAUCACAAUGCUAUAGAAAAGCUAAAUUUAAAGAGAGAGCAAUUGCGCCAAGUGCAGGAAAAAUUAUUGCAUCUUGAAGAGACCUUAAACAAGAAAAAGAUAGAGUUUCAAAUUAUGUCGGAUCAAGUAGCGGAUUGCGAGACGAAACUGAAACGAGCCGAGGACCUUAUCGGAGGAUUGGGCGGAGAAUAUGCACGUUGGUUCCAAACUGCCAAACAAUUGGGCGACAAAUACCAUCGGCUAACGGGCGAUGUAAUAAUUGCUUCCGGCGUAGUGGCUUAUUUAGGUCCGUUCACUAUGCCGUUUCGCGUGCAGCAGAUAAGCGAAUGGGUACAGUUGUGUACAGAUUUACAAAUGAUUUGCAGCCACGAUUUCCAGCUACGCGAGAUACUCGGCGAUCCGGUUCUGAUCAGAUCCUGGAACAUCGCCGGAUUACCCGCCGAUGUGUUUUCCGUUGACAACGGAAUCAUCGUUAUGAAUGCCAGAAGAUGGCCGCUAAUGAUAGAUCCGCAAAGCCAAGCUAAUAAAUGGAUAAGAAACUUGGAGAAAAAUAAUAAUAUAAGCAUUAUUCGGCUGAGCCAGCACGAUUAUAUAAGGAUCUUGGAAAACGCGAUACAAUUUGGACAGCCGGUACUAUUGGAGAACGUGGAAGAAGAAUUAGAUGCCGUUCUCGAGCCGAUACUUCUCAAACAGACAUUCAAGCAAGCUGGUGCAUUAUGCAUAAAAUUGGGCGAUGCCAUAGUAGAAUAUAAUACUAAUUUUAGGCUCUACAUUACAACAAAAUUAAGAAAUCCUCAUUAUCUGCCGGAAAUAGCUGUGAGAGUAACUCUGCUGAAUUUUAUGAUAACACCGAGUGGCUUAGAAGAUCAGUUGCUUGGUAUCGUGGUCGCGAGGGAAAGACCCGACUUGGAAUCAGAGAAGAAUAUUUUGAUCGUGCAGGGUGCUGAAAACAAAAGAAUGUUGAAGGAGACGGAAGAUAAAAUCUUGGAAGUACUUUCUAUGGCAAAAGGUAACAUAUUAGAGGACGAGGAAGCUAUCGACAUUCUAAUGGUGUCCAAAAAUUUAAGCGAUGAUAUCCAAGUGAAACAAGCGGCCACGGAGGUCACAGAGAAAUUGAUCGACACCGCGAGGCUUCAAUAUCAACCUAUUGCAGCCUAUUCGACCAUAUUAUUCUUCACAAUAGCAUCUUUAGCCAAUAUAGAUCCAAUGUACCAAUAUUCGUUGGUCUGGUUUGUAAAUCUUUACAAUAUGGCUAUCACUAAUACGGAACCAGCCGACACUGUUGAGCAACGUCUGAAAGAUCUGACAAAAUACUUUACAUAUUUCCUUUAUGUCAAUAUCUGUAGAUCAUUGUUUGAAAAAGAUAAGCUACUUUUCGCGCUGCUCCUCGUUAUCAAUCUGUGCGGAAUGAGCGAUGUACCGGAAACCGCGAGUCAAUGGUUAUUUCUGCUAACCGGUGGAAUAGGUUUAGAAAAUCCAUAUGUAAAUCCCGCAGAAUGGCUGCCUGUUAAACAAUGGGAUCAGCUAUGCAGACUGGAUAAUAUCAAAGGAUUCGAAGGCAUCAGAGAAUCGUUCUCCAAUGCCAUCAGCGAAUGGAAAGAGAUAUUCGAUUCGAGAGAACCGCAGAAACAACCUUAUCCGUCACCAUACAAAAAUAUAAACUUAUUCGAACGAUUAUUAAUUCUACGAUGUAUCCGACCUGAUAAAAUUAUAUCGGCUGUACAAAUACUUGUUGAAGAAGAAUUAGGCGCGCAAUAUGCGGAAGCACCACCUUUCGAUUUGGUAUCCUCCUUCGCGGAUUCCAACUGUUGUAUUCCAUUGAUAUUUGUCUUGACACCCGGCGCCGAUCCGGCGCAAGCCUUGUUGACAUUUGCCGACGAGCAAGGCUACGGUGCUAAGCGUCUCUUCUACUUGUCUCUCGGCCAAGGUCAAGGACCUAUAGCGGAAGGUUUGAUAAAGGACGGCGUUCUACACGGCAACUGGGUAGUAUUGCAAAAUUGUCACUUGGCCAAGAGCUGGAUGCCGACACUCGAGAAGAUCUGCGAGGGUCUGAUACCCGACACGAUUCACCCUGAUUUCCGGCUGUGGCUUACCAGUUAUCCGGCGGAACAUUUUCCCAUCUCGGUCCUCCAGAAUGGCAUCAAGAUAACGAACGAGCCGCCCAAGGGACUCAGGCCCAACAUCUUGAGAUCUUACGCGAGUGAUCCGAUCAGCAGUUCCGAAUUCUUCGAAGGUUGCAUUCAGAGCGAGUAUUUCAAGAAGCUCCUGUACUCGUUGUGCUUUUUCCACGCUUUUGUGCAAGAGAGACGCAAGUUCGGCCCGAUCGGUUGGAACAUCCCCUAUGAAUUUAAUGAAACCGAUCUGAGGAUUAGCGUUCUACAAUUGAAGAUGUUCCUGGAUGAUUACGCAGAUGUGCAGUUCGACGCUUUGAAAUAUCUCACGGGCGAAUGCAACUAUGGAGGAAGAGUUACGGACGAAUGGGAUCGCAGAACGUUAAACACAAUCCUGGCAAAGUUUUAUUGUCCAGAGGUGUUAGCCGAUGAAAUAUACUACUUCGAUGAAUCGUCCACUAUUUACUACUGCCCGAUUGUCAGAGAAUAUGAUGCGUAUCUCAACUACACGAGAAAACUUCCGAUAAUUACUGAGCCAAGUGUAUUCGGCAUGAAUGAAAAUGCCGAUAUUCUUAAAGAUCAACGAGAGACAGACUUAUUAUUCACUUCAUUGCUGCUUACUCAGGAAGCUAUCAAACCUGGUUUGAGACAAGCGUCUGACGAUGAGAUAGUUUACGACGUUGCAACAGAAAUUUUAGACAAACUUCCAGACGAUUACGAUCUUAUUGCAGCACUCGUAAAAUAUCCUACAUUAUACAGCGAAAGCAUGAAUACUGUACUGGUGCAAGAAAUGGACAGAUUCAAUAACUUAUUACGUUGCAUCAGAAAUAGCCUUAUCAAUGUACGAAAAGCUAUCAAAGGUAUAAUCGCAAUGUCUUUCGAGCUUGAAGACAUUUACGAGGCAAUUUUAAUAAGCAAGAUACCCCUUUUGUGGAAACAAAAUUCUUACCCAUCCUUAAAACCUCUCGGCAGUUAUAUCAGUGAUUUUCUACAUCGUUUAACAUUUUUACAGAAAUGGUACGACGAAGGACCACCCGUCACAUUUUGGUUAGCAGGAUUUUAUUUCACGCAAGCAUUUUUGACCGGGAUACGACAAAAUUACGCGCGAAAAUAUCGGAUUCCCAUAGAUCUUCUCGCAUUUGACUUUGUAGUCCUUAAAGAAACCGUCUUCACAUCUGCGCCCGAGAACGGCGUUUACAUUUAUGGAUUAUUUUUGGAUGGCGCAAGAUUCGAUAUGGAAAAAAUGAACAUAGAAGAGAGUUUCCCCAAAGUGCUUCACGACAACGUACCUUUUCUGUGGCUGAUACCGAUGAAGAAGCAGGAUAUCGAGGAAAGGCGAUCAUAUACCUGUCCGCUCUAUAAAACCAGUGAACGGCGCGGAGUGCUGUCCACCACGGGUCACUCCACAAAUUUCGUCAUAGCCAUAUGGUUGCCUACAAUUAAGCCGCCCGAGCAUUGGAUCAUACGGGGAGCGGCUAUGCUUUGUCAACUAAGUGAAUAAAAAAAAUAGCAAAUUAUUAAUGUCAAUUAUUAUAUUCUUCCGUUUAAUUCUUAUCACUGCAACGAUAGAUUGUGUAUUUGAUUUGAAAAAUGAAUGAAAUCUUGAUGAAAAAGUAUUAUUUUCCGUGCUGUGUACUCGUAAUUAAGAAUAUUAUUUUUUCAUUCAUACUACCAAACCGAAUUUGAUACAUAAAGUAAGGGUGAAAUAAAUACGUACCAAGAUAUAUAAAGCAGAUUAGUUAAUAAAGUUUAUUAUUUUCUCCUCGU